CGUCAUCUGGUUGACUCCCCUAGGUUUCGCCUCCCACAUCUUUCUCCCUUCUUGUUAGGGGAUCCGAAAUCCCUGGUGGACGAGGCUGGUGGUGAGAUUCGCCGGCCAUGGAGGGCGCCGUGCUGGUCGCCAUCGCGGCCUCCAUCGGCAACCUGCUGCAGGGCUGGGAUAAUGCAACCAUUGCAGGUGCAGUUCUAUACAUAAAGAAAGAAUUCAACCUGCAGAGCGAGCCCCUCAUCGAAGGUCUGAUUGUGGCCAUGUCGCUUAUUGGGGCAACAGUCGUCACAUCGUUCUGCGGAGUAGUGGCUGACUCUGUUGGUAGGCGGCCCAUGCUGAUCGCAUCGGCUGUCCUCUACUUUGUUAGUGGGCUUGUGAUGCUCUGGGCGCCAAGCGUGUAUGUCUUGCUCUUGGCAAGGCUCAUUGAUGGGUUCGGGAUCGGUUUGGCUGUCACACUUGUCCCGAUGUACAUCUCUGAGACUUCCCCCUCAGACAUCAGAGGACUGCUGAACACGCUGCCACAGUUCAGUGGGUCUGGAGGGAUGUUCCUUUCAUACUGCAUGGUGUUUGGCAUGUCCCUCAUGCCGCAGCCGGAGUGGAGGGUCAUGCUUGGCGUUCUAUCAAUACCAUCGUUUAUAUACUUUGCAUUGACUGUCUUCUACUUACCCGAAUCGCCAAGGUGGCUUGUGAGCAAAGGAAGAAUGGUUGAGGCCAAGCGUGUGUUGCAAUUCCUGCGAGGAAAGGAAGACGUUUCAGGAGAAAUGGCCCUUCUUGUUGAAGGACUGGAGGUUGGGAAAGAUACAACCAUUGAAGAAUAUUUAAUUGGUCCUGAUGAUGAGCUUGCGGAUGAAGGUCUGGCUCCAGAUCCAGAGAAGAUCAAACUGUAUGGAACCGGAGAAGGCGUAUCAUGGGUUGCCCGUCCUGUUCGGGGGCAAAGCGCACUUGGAAGCGCGUUAGGUCUCACAGGUAGUAUGGUCGGCCAGGAUAAGUCCCUUGUGGAUCCUGUUGUCACUCUUUUUGGAAGUGUCCAUGAGAAGAUGCCUGAGAUAAUGGGAAGCAUGCGAAGCACGUUGUUUCCUAACUUUGGCAGUAUGUUUAGCGUUGCGGAACAACAGCAAGCUAAAGCUGAUUGGGAUGCUGAGAGUCAAAGGGAAGAUGAAGAUGAUGUAUCAGACCAUGAUGGAGAUGACAUUGAAGAUAGCCUCCAAAGCCCACUUAUUUCUCGUCAGGCGACAAGCAUGGAAGGAAAGGAGAUUGCUGCACCUCAUGGCAGUAUAAUGGGUGCUGUGGGAAGAACUAGUAGUCUCAUGCAGGGAGGGGAGGCAGUAAGCAGCAUGGGCAUUGGUGGGGGAUGGCAGUUGGCUUGGAAAUGGACUGAGAGAGAAGGUGCAGAUGGUCAAAAAGAAGGUGGUUUCCAACGUAUUUACUUGCAUGAAGAGGGUGUGCCAAGUGAUCGUAGGGGGUCUAUAUUGUCAUUGCCAGGAGGUGAUGUUCCUCCUGGUGGCGAGUUUGUCCAGGCAGCUGCUCUUGUGAGCCAACCUGCUCUUUACUAUAAGGACUUGACGGAGCAACGUCUUGCUGGCCCUGCCAUGGCGCACCCAUCUGAGGCAGCUGCUAAAGGUCCAAAAUGGGCAGAACUAUUUGAACCUGGAGUGAAGCGUGCUCUCUUUGUUGGCAUAGGAAUACAGAUCCUGCAACAGUUUGCUGGCAUUAAUGGAGUUCUGUACUACACUCCACAAAUUCUCGAGCAAGCGGGUGUUGGUGUCCUUCUUUCAAGCAUCGGACUUAGCUCCUUAUCUGCAUCUAUUCUUAUUAGUGGAUUGACAACCUUGCUGAUGCUUCCCAGCAUUGGUAUUGCUAUGAGGCUCAUGGAUAUAUCUGGAAGAAGGUUUCUUCUCCUUGCGACAAUCCCUAUUCUGAUAGUAGCACUAGCUAUCUUGAUUCUGGUCAAUGUUGUGGAAGUGGGAACCAUGGUGCAUGCCUCGUUGUCUACCGUCAGUGUCAUACUCUACUUCUGCUUCUUCGUCAUGGGGUUUGGGCCUAUUCCAAACAUUUUUUGUGCAGAGAUUUUCCCAACCACUGUUCGUGGCAUCUGCAUAGCCAUCUGUUCCAUGACAUUCUGGAUUGGUGAUAUCAUCGUGACAUACACCCUCCCCGUGAUGCUUAAUUCCAUCGGGCUUGCUGGAGUAUUUGGAAUCUAUGCAGUUGUUUGCAUACUAGCUUUGCUGUUUGUCUACACGAAGGUGCCGGAGACGAAGGGCAUGCCUCUUGAAGUCAUCACCGAGGUAUUCUCUCUUGGAACACAGCCAAAGCAUGACAAGGAAGAUAUGGACUAGUCGCUCCGGUGAAGUGAUCAGAUUGCUAGUGUUAAUUUUGUUGCUUCCGAGUUGCGCUGCGGAAAGACCUGUGAUGCUUUGUUGAAGAAACUCUGAGGAGAUCAGAAUGCAGUGAGCCUAAAGAGAUGAUUUGGGUUUCAUCAUGAGGCUAAAUCCUGUCAGAGACCUGGGUUUUGGAGUUGGAGCUUAGGAUAUGUAGAUCAUCUGUUCCUUUUGGUUUGGCAACUUUCUAUUUGUGUUUCUUUGGAAUUCUUCCCUCUGUAACUAUUAGUCUAUCACAGUUGUGUUUCUGGUUUUUGUCUUUGCCCAUUUUGCUUUGUUCUCUCGGUUGACUUGUGAAUCCUGAAUAUUAGCAUAGCCGAGCGGUUCUGAAAUGAUUUCCUUUCUGCUGAACCCCAUGCAUGAGUGAUUGACAUCAUCAAGGGGUAUUAGAACACUACUGCUAUCUCACAGGUAAAGAAAAAACCAUGGUUAAUAUGAAGAGGAGAAAAAAAGGAGGCAAAUUGGAGCAUGUGGUUUGUUCAGGGUCUCAGGAAUUCUUUUGGAUUUUGUUAGCUGCCAGAGUGGAACCUAGAAGCUGCUGUUCCAGCAGAUAGACUUGUUGAGUUUCUAGUGACAGUGUGGUAUACCUCCUAGAUUAGUCUUAAAAUAAAUAUAAAACAUAGUGAUGCCCCCCAAGAUGUGGGGAGCUUAGGUUUAGGAGUGUGUGUGGGGAAGAUUCAACAACCGAAGUCCUCCAAUCAGUUUCAGAUAGGAGUAUUAAGUAGAAGAACAGAAACUCUGAUGGACUCUGCUGAUUGGUUCAGACUUGAGAAACUCUGCAAUACUGCGUAUUUUCUAAAGACAGAUCGGCAACAAAAGAUACAACUACAGCAGCACUGCAGCAGGUAGAAACUACUAUUACACCUUAAAAUACUGUACUCUUUGAACAACUCACUCCAUCCCA